AUGUGACGUCACGUCCCCGAAUCGCAGUGUUGAACAGGUGUGGUGCGCGAAGGUUACCGCAAAUAUCUGGCGUUUUAAACACGAUUUUAACUCUAUAGUUUUAGAAAUGUUUCGGUGUUUUGACUUUCCAACAUCCCUGCAGGCUUGCUACGCGGCGAUGCAGAAGUGUGUGAAACCGAGGAAAGAAGAGAAGAGAUCCUUCAACCACCAAGACAGCGUGCGAAUAGAGCGCGAGCUGCACGCGCACAGGGUCCUUAUUCUGGGUACUCCCGAGAGCGGCAAAAGCACAUUAGUCAAACAGAUGAAGAUUAUCUACAGCCAUGGCUUUAACAAACAAGAACUCCUCAGCUUCAAGGUGCAGCAUUCAUCUGUUCAUCUGAAUGACAGUGCUGCUGUGUUGGAUAACCUGCUGACAUCUCUGAAGUUUGUCCUGCAUGGCAUGGGAAUGCUGCGUAUUAAUCUGUCGAACAAGAAGAACAAGUGUCAUGCGCGUGCGGUUCUGUCGUGCGAGUGCUGUGUGGGACCGGAUCUGGAGCUGCUGCCGUUCGUGGCUCAUGCGUUCUGCAGACUGUGGGGGGAUCUGGGCUUCAGGACCGCAGUGGCCCGAGGACACGAGUUCCAGCUCAACGAUUCAGCUCGCUAUUUCUUUGAGAACAUUAGUCGUAUCAUCGCACCGAACUACAUUCCCACUGAAACGGAUGUUCUCAGAGUUCGAGUGCGGACUCGUGGUGUCGUUGAAACCCAGAUCAGAGUCAACAACUCACUCUACAGGCUGAUCGACGUUGGUGGCCAGCGUUCAGAAAGAAAGAAGUGGUACAGUUAUUUUGACAAUGUCCAAGCAGUCCUGUUCAUGGUGGCUCUUAGUGGAUACGAUCAAAACCUUGAACAUCAUUCCAAGCAGAACCGUCUCCAUGAAAGCCUGGAGUGCUUCAGCUCCAUGUGUAACAGUGCUUUCUUCAGAGGAGCUUCACUGGUUUUAUUUAUGAACAAAAUUGAUCUGUUUGCUGAGAAAAUACUGUAUUCGGGGAGACAUCUGCGACUUUAUCAGCCAGACUACAAAGGUCCUGAGCGUGAUGUGAGCUGUGCUGCUCAGUAUGUGACGGAUCAGUUUGUGACGUGUGCCUCCGCCUCAGGAAAGGUGGUGUUCCCUCACUUCACCACCGCCACAGAGCGCUCCAGCGUACAGGAGGCCUUCCAGUCCAUCAUCAGCACUGUCCUCAAACACAACCUGCACACCACCACGCUCCUAUAACCUUUUUAUUUAGCACAUUUUUAUUUUUGUAUUUUACCGUGUCCGUUGUAAAAUUGCUUGGUUUUAAUUGAUCAUGAAGAGCAUAUUUUAAAGCAAUAAAUAUAUUUUAAGAUUUUAA